AUGUCAGAGAUGGACACAAGUGAAGCACAGAGCAGCUCGCCCACAAAGUCUCCAAGCUCUGGUAUGCGGCUAAGAGAACGUAAAAGACGUGUGGUGGAUGACGAUUAUGUUGAUGAGGUAUAUUUUGGUUUUUUUUUUGAUUUUUAGGUAUUUAUCACAUUAUACUGUCUGCCAACGUAUGUUUUUUUCUGAUACAAUAUCUAAAAACGACUGUUUUAAAACUUAAAAAGCUUGAAGAUGGUCAUGAAAAGUUGAAGGAGCUUAAUUCAUAUUAUUUUAGUUAAUAACAACACCAACUAAGCGUGGACGACCUAAAGGAAAACCAAAAACUCCGGUUCGAAGACCUCCAAAUGCUCAAAAUGCUGCUCAAAACUUUGUUGAGUCGGAUAUGUUCAAUGCUUUGAUGAAAGGGGACAAAUUUAAUGUAAGAGUAUAAACUAUAAUCUACUCUAUGUUUUCUGCAAAUUUAUUUGUAUUUUAUAUUUUUAGUUUUUUGGCUAUUUAUGUUGAGGUCUAAUAUAACUUUUAAUGUCAAUUUUUCUUUCUAACAAAACCGUGUUUUAGAAAAUUAUUGAAGGAUGGAUUGAAACAUACGAAAGAGAUCAAGAUGAAGCAACUGUCAAGUUUUUACAAUUUUUAAUCAAUGCCACAGGGUGUAAAGGUGCUGUUACUACUGUCAUGGUCAGGUCUAUGGAUUUUAAGUAAGAUUUAAAAAAUUUUUAUAGCUUUAUGAAUUUAAAACAGAUUCCUAAUGUUAUUAUAUGAUAAAGAGUUGUUUUUGAUUAGUUUGGCGUAAGUUAUAAAAGUUGUAGUUAAUAUAUUUUUGACUGAUUUUUAAAAAAUUUUGUUUUAGACAAAUUGUUGAUAACUUGUCGGAUCAAUUUGAGGACGAUUGUGGUGACUAUCCAUUGGUACGCACGGGAAAUCAAUGGAAAAGAUUUAGGAGUUUGUUUGGAGACUUUAUUAUGGUAUGUUCGUAACUGAUAACGAAAAUUUUAAAAAAUUUGGCUACAAUAGCAAGAAUAAUAUAAUUUUGAACUUUCAGAUCUUUGUUGGUAAAAUUAAGCAGAGUAUUAUAUACGACGAUGGGUUCACAGACUAUGUAAUGCAACUGUUAACAGGCUUUGCCUCUUCGCCGGUUAGGAACUUUCGGCAUACAGCUACUUUUGCAGGUAUGUGUACAUUUUUAAUGGAGAAAGCUGCUUGAUGCAGAAAGAUUGAAAUUUUUUAUAAUUUUUAGUUUGAGUGUAACAAUGCUAUUAAAAAUUUAGCUAUGUUUCUUAUUUUUCAUUUUAAAUUAAUCUCAGUUUGGAUUCUUUUCUAAUUUUGUUACCUAAAUAACAUUAAUUUUAACCUUUUUUAGCUAUGAAGUUCUCCUCAGCUCUGGUGGAUGUUGUAGUAGAACUAGUAGGCCUCAAAGACAAGAACAACCGCCAAAUCGAGACCGAAAAGCUAAAGAUAAAGCAGCAUGCUAACAGUGAUGCCAUGGAAGCCCUAAUCAAACAAAAAGCUGAUAUCGAGCGAAAAGUGUCAGAGCUAUCGAUCAUGAUUCAGUACGUGUUCAAACAUGUCUUUGCCCACAGGUACCGUGACAUUAUCAGUGAUGUGAGAUGUGUUUGCAUUAGUGAAUUGGGUAAAUGGAUGUUGGUGUACCCGCAGCUCUUUCUCGACGACAGUUACUUAAAAUAUGUUGGAUGGCUACUGUACGAUAAGAAUUCGGAAGUGAGACAAAGGUGCAUCAACUGUCUGAUACCUCUGUUUGAGCAUAAGUCAUAUAGGGAUCGAUUGGAGUUGUUUGCGAGCAAGUUUAAGGAACGAGUCAUCACGAUGGUCAUGGAUAAGGACAGAGAUGUGGCGGUUGGGGCGGUGACUUUGAUUACUGAUAUUAAUAAGUAGGUUUUGAGGGGUUCAUAGGGGUUGAUUUUUAGAUUGUGGGGUUUUGUAGAGGUCAACUUUUAUGUUUGGAGGGGUUUUUGUUGUCUUACAGGGUCGUUUUUGGUGUUUUAAGGCACGUUUUGAUAUGAAAACGAAAGAUAUUGAAGUAGUUUAGCAAAAAGAGGAUUUUCCAAAAAGUUAAUUUUGUAUAUAAAUGACAAUUUGCAACAUUUCAGAGCCUUUCCCGAGCUCCUUCGAAUCGAAGACUGUGUCACAGUGUACGAAGUCGUCUACUGUGCCAACAGAGCCUUAGCACAAGCAGCUGCCAAGUUCCUAGACGCUAGAUUAUUCAGCAACUUGGAGCCGAAGAGAGUAGUCAAAAAUCUUUUACAAUUCUUCACAGAAGGCGAGGUUCACGAUCAUGCUGCCUACCUCGUGGACGCUCUGAUCGAAGUCACACCGGCGGUGAAAGAUUGGAAGACAAUGGGGGAGAUGCUGUUGGGAGAUGAUGAGGAGAGUAAGUUUUGAGGGUAGACUUGUACUUUUUUUUGGUUUUUUUAUUCAAAAAGUGGUUUUUGGGGAUUUUUUUUGAAAAAUAUGUUGUUUGUUACUUAAAAUUUGGGUUUUAGAAAAGAAAAAGGGCUGUAUUUUGAUGUUUAAAAAGUUUAAAAAUUUCAAGUUUAGAUUUGUUAUGAAAAAGAUUUAAUUGAUUUUAAUUUGUUACCUAAAAUUUUAAUUUUAGUUAAAAAAUGGCUUAGAAUACUAUAUUUUCUAAAUUUUUUUAAAAUAAUUUUUACUAAUUUUUUAAAAAUUUUCUUUAAAAAUUCAUUUUUCAGUCUCACCUGCCCACUUAAUCGAAAUCCUCAUCUGCUCGGUGAACCAAAGCCUAACUGACACAAUACCGACCGGUCGAGGGACGAAAAAGUCUGCCGUUCAUCAACGAGAUCAACUACAACAAAUGAAAGAAGACAAACAGAGGUUCAGCGACGAUUUCAUUGAGUUACUACCACGCCUACUCAACAAAUAUAUUGUGGAAGCGGACAAAGUCGAACCCUUACUUGACUUAUGUAGCUAUAUCGAGUUGGAUUUGUACUUUACAGCACGACGAGAGCAAUUACUGGUCGAAUUGGUCGAGAAAUUGGCCGAAAUUUUUGAGAAAAAUCAGAAAAAUGAGGUUUUAAAGAAGAUCGUGGAGGUGUUUGCUCGGAUUUCAAAACACAAUAGUGCUAAUGCCAAAACGGAAACGAUCAGAGGAAGACUGAUUGAUCAGGUGGUUACUCAGUUUACUUAUGUCGCUCAGAGUCUGCAAAGAAAUGGCACGUUGGAUGAGGAUGACAGGGCAGAUCUGAUGGUUAGUGUGAAGAAGUUGGCUGCAUUACAGUUGUAAGUGGAUUGAAUUUAUAGGAGAUAUCAUAUUUUACAUUAGAGGGAAGGACGUUGCUAAUGGGGGGGGGGGGUUGAAAAAGGCUUUGAUAUUGUAUGGCUUGAUAGUGGCGUGGAAUGGUGUUUUGUUUUUUUCAUUUUUUACUCUUCAACCGUUUUAUCACGCUGUUCAAAUAAGAAUGAUCCGAAGUUAUUAUCAAAUUUUAGGUCAUUCGACCUUCCAUUCGACCCAUGGGACCUAACCGUAGCCGUCCUGGACAGUCAGAACGCCCUAAAGUCGGCCGAGAUUGUGGAAAGCUCAGUACAGUUGUUAUUCUACCAUCUAAUCAAUCGACUAAACAAUGCCGCAAGCUUGAGAACUUCAAAAAACGAUCACAACAGGAUCAAAACACAAAGAGAUCAGUUCAUUGCAAUAACGAGAGAUAUCUUGGCCAAGGGGGUGAAAGGCGUGGAGAACGUGAGUUUUUGAAAAUUUGAGGUUUUGAAAUUAAAAACUUUGUUUUUAGUGGAAUGGAAAAUGGUUUUUAGGCUUAAAAAUGACGGUUUUUAGGUAAUAAAAAGAAAUUUUAGGUAAUAUUGUGGCAUUUUUAUGCUUGAAAUUACUUUUUUGGUAACAAAAAUUUCAUUUUCAGGCCUUUUCCUGCCUCUGUGACAUGCUGAUCUUCUUCAACCACAAAAUCUCGGAAGAAGUACCUCGCGUCGAAGACAUUGAAGUAGAAAUAGACACCCCUUUCAUAAACACCAUUCACUCAUUUGUAAUCUCAAAUGUCUUCCAUUCAAGACACGAUGAAGAACAAAUGGACCAAGAAAACCAGAUCGACCUAACGUGCAAAAGGAGGAUAGUACUGGGACAGUACUGCAAACUCAUCAUCUAUGGCGUCAUCCCCAUAUACGAAAUGGCAUCGAUAGUAAAGUAUUAUGUUAGAUUCAUCGAUGACUAUGGAGACAUUCUAAAGGCGGUGAUUCAGAAGGCUAAGGAGUUGGAUCGAUUGUUGACAGCUAAGGCGUUGAUUCAGGUGGGUAUGGGAGGGGUUUUUGUUGAGAAAGGUGGGGGGGGGGGGGUAAAAAUUUUUUAGAAAAAAUAAUAUUAAAAAAAAUAAAACUUUGAAGAAUUUUAAAAAAUUAAGGUGUUUUAACAUUAGAAAGAGCAUUUUUAACUUGGGUAGGGGUCAGGACAGCCCAGGCAGGGGUGACAAAAUGUUUUUUUUUGAAAAAAUGAAAUUUUAAAAUUUUUGGAAAUAGGAUAUUGUAGCAGUACAAGAACCAUUCAUUUUUACAUUUCCACAGUAAUUUUUACCUAAAAAGUUAUCUAAAACAUCAAUUUCAGGCAGUGAUAAACGCCUACGAAGACGCCAUAGCCUUGAACGCACCAGAAGAAGAACGUGAAUAUGCCCUAGGCUCGGUCCACGAACUAGCUAAGAAGUUUUCUCAACUGUUUCCAGAUGCCACGAAAUCUCGAGAAGCUGUUGCAUAUGUACAUCAACUGGGCAUAAGACAUGCCUUGGGCACUGAAGCUCAGAAAAGAGGUGGCAGAACACAAUCUCUACCGUUUUUGGAGGUUUUAAGCGAGUUUUCAGCCAAACUAUUGAAGGUUGAUAGGACUGCAGUGUAAGUGAGGGUGAGAGAAUGAGGGUAGGGGACAAGAAGUUUGUGGAGGAAGUGAAUUUUUGGCUUAAAAGUUGAUGGAGAUUGAAAGAAAAGGGGGAGUUUCAUUAGAAAUUGGAAGUAAAAGGGGAUUUUUAGUGAAAAAUAGAGCUGUAAAUUGAUAUUUUAGUCAGUAACUUGAAAGAAUAACUAAAUAUUGGUCGAUAAUUUGAGACAACAUUACAUUUUUGAUUAUAAAGUUUAUAGGAGGUAUGAUUUUAGAUUCAAAAAUGGAUGGAAACGUAAUUUUGGCUUUUUUUCAGUAUCACCUACCUGGAUCAACACGCAAAACCUCCAGAAAACUAUGAAGAAUCGGAUGAAUGGGAGCCAUAUGUCAUCUACAGGAAUUCUCUCACAACUAAGCAGUAA